UUGAUGAUGAGUCUCUAGUUGCAGAUAUAGUUGCAGGUUGUACAAGCUUGUAGAAGUGCGGUACAACCCCAGGAAUGACCUGCUUUGGGACCCAUGUCUUCUUCACCAGCUCGCUCCGAGACAUGGCAAUGGUGAAUGCUGUGGAUGAGCGGCGACAUUGUGAAGCGUGAGGUUCAGUACCCACUUGACCAAACUCGGUGAAUUCCCUCAGAGAAUCAUCUCAGCGCUGGGGGGGAUCCAUCUCAUGUGUAUUAAUGCCUGGAAGGACAAUCCGGAGCAGCUGGAUUGAAACGAACGAGAGCAAUCUUUCGGUGUCGUGAGCAAUAUCAUGCAGUGUCGUAUGAUUUUGAGGAUGAGAUGUGCACCGUUUUGAUGUGAUUGCAUCGUCGUGGUGAAGUGAGAGGUUUCACCUAUUCCUGUGAGUUUUUGACGUCGUUGGGGUUGUAGUUCAGACGGGUUUUUUAGACCUCUGAGGCUAUUCUUUAGAGUUGGUGAUACAUGUGAUAUGGUUUAGUUUGUGAGUGCUCAAGUGGGUGCUUAAACCAGGUCUAGUUUCUUAAUUUUUAAUUUUUAGUUUUGGUUUUAGUUUUUUUUGACAACCCUAAAACUAUUUCUUGCUGUGGGCCACAGUUCCCAUCAUCCCGGGAUUGCUUAUUUUAGCUUUUACGCCCUCGAGCAACCUACUAACAUCAUUGAAUUCCAAUUUCGGGUACAUAUUGCGGCCUACGACAAUGACUCACCUGGAAUGUUCUUCCUCGGUGUGUGUUGCUUCCGAGGUGUUCAGCAGUGGUGGCGUCCAAUUUUUUCUAUGUGGCUGCGUGCCGCUCCAGCGCCGCACGAAUAAAAAGCAUCACUGUCAUCGAGCUAGUGCAAGUCAUCGUUGCAAGCUAAAAUGCCGGGCUGCUGUUGGGGUUUCAGUUUUAGCCUUUGAGGUGUGACGCACUGUUUGGGUGAUUUUCUAGGAGGGUUGUUGCCCCCUUGUGGAGCAGUCUGACGAUGCUGCACAAGUUGGAAGAAAAGUGCGGGCGGCGGUGAUGGUGAGGAUUAUUUGCGGUUUGUCACAGUUCUGAUGGGAGCACGGAAUUACCCCGGUGAUGGUGACCUGUGAGAGGGAUGUUCGUACGUAGGAAAAGAGGCAUCACGACUGUUUGCGUGGUGAAUUGUGACCACUACUCGGCUGCCGUGACCAUGUGUCCGAGGCAUUUAUUCUGCUUUGAUGGCGACGAGUCGUGAGUAUUGGUCUGGGGUUUCGGAGUUAACAAUAGUUUCAAUACGGUCAUGGUGGAAUUUUGGAUUCCGUGACCUAUGAGUUCGGUCGACUGUGGUUGUGAUGCCUUUGGGUUGUUGGGUUCGGAUGAUGUGAUUUCGAGGAUAUGGUGAGAGUGCUGAAGCAGUCUAGGUCUGCGAGCGACAGGUCUAGCCAUGAAUGGUUCUGGAGUGAGGAUGGAUCGCGUGAUAAUCGUGUAGGGUAGGUGGUGGUGGAAAGCUGCAAUUUUUUCUGCGAUUUUCAUCGUUUAGGAUAUAGUAUGCGAACUGCGUUGACGGAUCAUUCAGCACUGGUUGAAGGAAGUUGAUUACAUGAGGCUUAAGAAUAGCAUAUGCUGCGAUAUCAGACUUGUGUUCAAAAUUCGAUCGCUAUUGCGAUUGCUUUCUCGACGGUGCACAGUUGGUUAAAUCUCUUGGGCAGCCCGCACGACAAACUUUUCUAUUUGGAAAACGAUUUCUUUCUGAAAGUUUAUGUUGACACGACUGUGGAGCUGAUCUGCAAAUGCAAAUUGUGGCUUGGUUAAUUGGGCUUAGUUUUAGCUCACUGGAAUGAUCCGCUUAUGAUGUCCUAGCUUUCGGAAGAAGCAUUUCAUAGAGGAGGGGUUUUAGCAGACGUUUAGUAGUAGGUGUAUCAAAAAGUCAGCCCAAUGAGGAAGAAAGUGAGAAAGAAAACCCCUCUUCCUGAGAUUCAGGAGGAGGGGCUGUUAACUCCUCUUAGAAGAGGACAGUCUGCAUACGUUCAAUCAACGAGCAUGGACUUCAGAAAAUUCGCCGCCGACUUGGAGUUUGGGCCGCAAAGCGAGUCCUCUCUCACAUCCCAUGUGGAGAUGGCAGCUGCUCUGGUUGAUCAGGCCAUGUUGGGCAGAUGGAUGCCAUUAGCUGUGGUUUAUCACAAAGACUAUGAAAGUGCCAAGCGUGCUUUUCUGAUGUACCAUCGAUUAUCCUUGGUCAGAGGCCUCAUAUACUUUAUAUUGAUGAUUCUGCCAUUUUUUGAGAUUCCAGCAUGGUGUGAUGGCAAUCUGCCGAAACCCUGUGGAGACCCAAGGAAGUACCCACUCAGUGGUUUACCAUUUAUUCAACCGUGGAUAUCCGCGUCUAUUCAGGUGCUAUGUGUAUCGGUGCUAAUCUGGUCAUGUGGCUUACAAUGGCACUUUUUAAGGUCGCAAUUCUGGCUUAAUCGCGUGGGGGUCUACAAGGUGGUGGUUUUGGUGUUAAUGGUGAUUUCCACGGCUGCGUCUUCUUUUGGACUGUCCGAUUUGCGUGGGAUCAAUGUAUCUAUGUACAUACGGCUACUAGUUCCCAUCGUCUUUAGCAGGGCCAUACGAGGUUGCUUUCGGAUGACAAUGCGGAUUAUAAACACUUUCCUGGAUAUAGCGGUGCUGGUGGGGACAUUUGUGUUAAUUUCAGCUUGGCUUGCUACAGCAAUAUUCUCAGAAACCUCUGUUGAAUUUAAGGACUUCAGCACGUCAUUGCUGAACCUUUUUGUCUUACUAACCACUGCAAACAACCCAGUUAUUUGGGCUUCAACAUACAAUGCAAACCGAUUUGCCUUCUUCUUCUUUUUCUUUUACUUGGUUCUGGGCCUCUACUUCCUGAUGAACCUGGCGUUCUCUUUGAUCUACAGCAAUUAUAAAGCACAGAUGGCUGUCGAGGUUGCCAAGCGUAUUACAGCACGACAAGGAAAUUUGAGAGCGGCUUUUAGUUUGUUGGACACUCGCCACCAAGAGUGGAUUGAUGGUGCAACAAUGAUUGCACUUUUCCUUGCCAUUGGUCGCUACAGGCAUAUACCUGAUGUUCGAGCUCGCGCCAGUCGGCUUUUCCUCGCUCUCAAUAAACGUGGAGACUUCAAGAUAUGGUCUGACGAGUUCGAAGAGCUUUGUGAUGUUAUAGCGAAAGAGGUGGAACGACAACCAGAAAGUGCACUUUUGAAGAGGCGACGCAGUAACCCUGACAUGCAUUUUGUGAAACACCCCUUUUACAACUACGUCAUAUGGGCUUUGACCUUGUGCUCUCUAUCAUUUGCUAUUGCUGCACUGAAUGUCUCCGGGACAGUGAAGGAAUUAUUGAUCAAUCUUGAGUUUCUAUUUGGCUGGAUUUUUGUUAUGGAUGGUGUGCUUAAAAUAUAUGGACAAGGCUGGAAAUCUUAUUGGCAUACACAUGUGAACCGCUUUGAUUUCAUUGUCACAAUUCUGAUUUUGGCUGUUCAAGCGGCAUCGCUCUUCUACGUUGAUGUCCGGUCAUGGGUAACAUACCUCAUUAUUGCCCGGUGCUUUCGAGUACUCGCGCUCGUUACCAUGAUCUCUCGCUGGCGCCUAAUGGGUGAAACAUUAGUCCACGUGAUUCCCGCAACUGCUCCGAUCUUGGCACUUCAGUUCCUCGUCUGUUCUUUCUUCUCCCUCCUGGGCAUGCACCUAUUCGGAGGCCUCAUCUACAAAGACAACCCUGCCUUGAAGGAUACUGAGUAUGAACGUCACCAGUUUUAUGCCUUCAAUUUCAAUGACUACGCGGCAGGGAUGGCUACCUGCUUCAACUUGUGCGUGGUGAACAAGUGGUACGUUUUCAUGGAUGCUUAUGCUGCAGUCACUGGAACUCGACUGAGCCGCGCUUAUUUCAUAGCCUUCUGGGCCAUCGCAGUUGCUUUCACCCUCAACGUCGUGGUUGCUUUCUUCGCGGAGGCUUUCACCAGUCAAAUGGAGAAAGCAGAGAAGCUCAAGGCUCGUGAGAAGAGACGCUCUGAGGAGGCUUUGUUGUCCCCCGGAGCGGCUCUGUUGAGGAAGAAGUCCAUUGGCACGGAGCGUGGCUUGCCACAGCGAACGGCAAAGUCUUUGUCAUACUAUGACCUUUAUGAAGAUAUUGUGAAGAAAACUUAGAAACCUCGUGUCCCUCGCCCGGUGACCUCGUCAAAAUUGUUGCACUAGGCUUCGAAAAUUAGUUUGGAACUAGGAUGUCAAUGCAAUCUCUCACUUUGCAGCUAAAUGGCUGCCAGUGGAAGGCUUGAAGUGUAUCAUUGAGCAUUUUAUUGUGUAUCUUAACAUGCUUUAACUGGGUACAAGGAUUAUCUUAUUCUUAUAGGUUGUUUGUUCGCUGGUAGGAGGUGGCACUCGGUACAACUCAGAAUUCCUUUACAGAAAGCCCCCUUUUGAACUGAUCUUGUAGUGUGGUUUGAAUUAUUUCCAUGCAGGACUAUGACAUGACUAUGGAAUCUUGUACCAUCACCUGUAAUUGAUAUUGAAUAAGAAAUACAAUACACGAUUAAAAUCCUUAA